UGAGGCCUUGCCACCGGCCAGACGGGAGCGGAGCUAGUCCCUUGACGGCCCCGGAAACAUCCAACAAGGGGAGAAGGAAAGGGGCAUGGGCAGAAGAAACAAAAAUACUUGAUCAAGAAAACCCCCUGUCUGCGAGGAGACUCUCAGGGUAUCGCUGGAGGGAGCCGUUGCUGGCCAUGCCAGUACUCACCGCGGCUGCUGAGUCAGAAACAGGUAUCCCAACAUCGCUUUCUAAUGAGCAUCUCUCAGAAACCAUGGAGGAGAUAGAGCACACAUGCCCCCAGCCUCGGACCCUGACUGCCCCCGCCCCAUUUGCUGGUGAAACCAGCUGCCAGUGUGAGGCUCCUCAUGAAAAACUGACCAUCACCCAGGCCUGCUUAGGAACACCAGCUGACAGACCUGUGAGAGUAUACGCGGAUGGAAUAUUUGACCUCUUCCACUCCGGCCAUGCCAGGGCACUUAUGCAAGCAAAGACACUCUUCCCCAACAGCUACUUACUGGUGGGAGUUUGCAGUGAUGAGCUCACCCACAAAUUCAAAGGCUUCACCGUGAUGAACGAAGCAGAAAGAUACGAAGCGCUCAGACACUGCCGCUAUGUGGAUGAAGUCAUCAGAGAUGCCCCAUGGACACUCACACCCGAGUUUCUGGAAAAACACAAGAUUGACUUUGUGGCCCACGACGAUAUCCCAUAUUCUUCGGCAGGCUCUGAUGAUGUCUACAGGCAUAUCAAGGACGCAGGAAUGUUUGUUCCAACACAGAGAACCGAAGGUAUCUCAACAUCAGACAUCAUCACCAGAAUUGUUCGUGACUAUGACGUUUAUGCUCGACGCAAUCUCCAGAGAGGGUACACAGCCAAGGAGCUGAACGUCAGUUUUAUAAAUGAGAAGAAGUACCGUUUCCAGAACCAGGUAGAUAAGAUGAAGGAAAAAGUCAAGAACGUGGAAGAAAGAUCGAAGGAAUUUGUCAACCGAGUGGAAGAAAAGAGUCACGAUCUAAUUCAAAAAUGGGAAGAAAAAUCAAGGGAAUUUAUUGGCAACUUCCUGGAACUGUUUGGACCUGAUGGAGCUUGGAAGCAGAUGUUCCAGGAGAGGAGUACCCGGAUGCUGCAGGCCUUCUCACCAAAGCAGAGCCCGGUGAACAGCCCAACCAGGAGUCGCUCCCCUUCUCGCUCUCCAUCGCCCACCUUCUCAUGGUUCCCAAGCAAAACCUCCCCUCUCUCCUCACCAAAAGGACCCUCCGCAUCCAUCAGCAGCUUGAGUGAGGGGGAUGAGGAUGAGAAGUAAAAGCGGCCGACUAGUGACAAAAGCUACACCCCCCAGGGUGGGAGGCGGGUGGGCUUAGCCAGGAUGCCUGAGUGGUGUUAGGAAGGUAAGAUUCAGCUGGUGUUAGGAAGGUAAGCUGCAGCUGGCAGGGAGACCCUGACCUCUCUGGUAAAGCAAGGUCUUGGGACCAGUUCUUAGUCAGGCUCUACACAACCUAAGAUGGGCUCAGCAUAGGGUCCCAGCUGAACCACCCACACAAUCGUUCGUAACAGCAACUAGACUCCCUCUACUUUCAUCUUGAUAAGAAGCAGAGGGCCACAGGGGACAUGCACUGAACACAGCGUCUCCGCUUUGAUCCUUAUCCAUUUGCACCAAGUAAACCAGCAGUGGAAGAAGCUGUCCCCUCCGCCCGCAAUGCCAGGCUCCAUCAGGGCCCUCUGCACGCCACUCCCCAACACCCUAGCUCUGCCAAAAUAAAAAUGUUUCCAAUGCA